CAAGGCAAAAAGCGCAAGAAACAAAUCACGCCCGAGAUCCGCAGCGGCGGGAGUCGGCGCUUAUCCGCGACUGUCGAUAACAUCAUUCUCGCAGACGCUCGCGUGAUCCGACAGCCCCCGCCGUGUCACCAACCCAGCAUCCCCCUUUUCUCGCCUGCACAAUGGCUUGUUUCUUCGAUUCAUUUCAUUCGGAACUGCUGCUGGGCCCUCGCGAUCGGCCUGCCACCAGAAAAUGUCAUGGGCGAGUUAAAGCAAUCCGCCAGCUGUCUGAUAUGCCGCCGCCGCAAGAUCAAAUGUGAUCGCACUCCGGGGUCUUGCAACAAAUGUCGCGCCUUUGGAGAGCAAUGCAUGUAUGCAUCGGAAGCCGCCACGGAUGUCGGUGCUGCAACCUCAGCCAACAACACCAACAGCAAUAGCAACAACAACAGCAGCAGCAGCGAUGGUGUCUGCCCCAGCGACUCCAUCACGCAGGCUGGACUCAAGCGUCGCCGCGUGCUGCGGUCUUGUCUCGAGUGUAAGCGGACAAAGGCCAAGUGCUCCGGCGGCCCUGUGUGCAGCAGAUGCGCAAAGAAGGGCAUGAGUUGCCUUUUUUACGACCAGCCCGAGCAGGACAUGCGAGAGGAGCCUGUUGUCCAUAGGUCCUCUCGGUCCAUGCCGACAUGGCUUGCAACCAAGAACUUGCCGUCUAUCGACCAUAUCCGCGAGCUCAUUGACAUUUACUUUGCCCAGAUCCACACCGUCCGCUGCAUGGGGUUCCUGCACAUUCCGAGCUUCAUGGAACGGUUCAAUGACCCCCGGAAUGUAUACUCCGAGGUGUCCGGGCUCAUCUACAUUAUGUGUGCCCUCGCUGCCCCCUUCUACUAUGCGAAACUUGUCGGCGCGGCCGAGGAAGACUUGGGCGCCGGCGUCCGCUUCUACGAUGCCGGCAAAGGCUGGGCCGAGUCUGCCAUGCAGUGCGUGUUUUCCAACUAUGGCAACCCGUCAAUGGAAUGUCUCAUGACGGAGAUACUGCUACAUGAACACUAUCUUCGAAGCGGCGAUUAUACCAAGGGAUUUCUGAUCUCUGGAUCUAUCGCCAGACGAGUGCAACUGCUGCACCUCAACAUGGAGAAUGACUAUGACCUUUUUUGUCAAAAGGGCCAAACUCCUUGGUCUUUUAAAGAAAGCCGGAGACGUCUCCUAUGGGCUUGCUACCUCCUAGACGCAUCUAUCGAAUGUGGUAUUGACCAGCUUCGCUUCACGUCUUCCGAUGACGCCCAAAUCCAGUUGCCGUGCACCGACGAUCUCUUCAUCCGGAACACCCCUUGUGUUACAGAGAUGUUAAAACGGGGCAAGAUUCUGCCUUUUGUCGAUGCUUCUUUAGCCACUCGCACCGCUGACAAUGUCGACAUGCGUGGGUACUAUAUUCGUGCAAUUGUCAUCCGCUCCAAGAUACUGCGAUAUGUCAAGAACAUGGACGGCGAAAUUCCAUGGCAAGCCAAUGUCAACUCACAAUUCUACCAACUGGACGGUGAAUUAAAGGACUUGGAGAGCUCGAUAACAGAGAGCCUCAAAAUGUCGCCCGAAAAUGUCUACAUCUACAAAGCUUCCGGUCGCUUGAAUCUCUUCUUCGGCCUGCAUAUUCUUAUUCAUCAAACAUUCAACGAUUUAUAUCGCAUUGGAGUCCCUAAACUCGUUUUACAAAAUUCUGCGACAAAAUGGGUCCGAGAUAAUGCCCCCAGCGACUUCACUGCUCUUUGCUAUCGCACAUGUGUUAGCAAGGCUGUCCAAAUUGGCAACCUUCUUCGGGAUCUCUGGAACUGUCACAAGCCCAGUCUCGUCGACCUUCCGUACGCAGUACACACGCAAAUUUGCAGCAGCGUAUUAGUCACGAGUCUCACUUCAUGGACCGAAUCCGAACCUAUCCUACCUCAAUUUUCCCACCGCGACUACCAAGACAUUCUUCAAACCAAUACGAGAAUCCUCAGGUACCUUCAACGGUACAUCAAAGCCGAUCUAUACUACGAAUCUGCCAACCAGGCGUUGAGAAGAUUCAACAGUGCUCCCUUGUCAUCACCCCAACCGGGUGGCCAGGGCGGGAACUCCGUUAGUGCUAGUAGCACCGUGAUGGAUCCUGUGGAUAAAAGCACUAGCACUAGUCCUUCCCAGUUUUCAUUAGCGUAUAUUCUAAACCCACUGGGUGCAUACCCAAUGCCCCAAAAGGACAUAUACGGCCGCCACCGGUCAGAGUCGAGUGAAAGCACGGUCGAACCGGGUCUCGCCAAUUCCGCCGGCCGGAGUAGCCCGGAAAUAUACUCUCCAAGCACAGACAGCGUGUCGAGCCACGAAGAGAAUUUUUUCCCCAAUCCAGACUGGGGAACGGAAAUUCCAAUUAUGGAUGGCAUGGGCUACCCGACCUUUUUAGAACAAGCUCCUGUCGGAGCGUAUUGA